CUUUUCCCCACAGCCACUCGACAGCGCUCAUGUUUGAUCACAGACUCUGGAGAAGGUUUGAGUUGUCCUUUCAUUCUCCGGUUCGCAUUAGAGAGCCUUUACAAUGCUGGCGAUGCAGUUGCUGAGAGGUGCAGUGAAGCAUCUUGGGAGCAGAUCCCCAUGCAGUGCUGAGCAGCUGAUUCCUGCAUUGCGUGGUCUCAGCUCAUCCUCACAACAGUUAUCCGUUUCUGGGAGAAAUCACGCGGCAUCCUGCGCUGACAGUGACAACCCCAAAAUCCUCAUCACGGGAGGGCUGGGACAGCUAGGGGUGGGGCUUGCCCAAUUGUUGAGGAGGCGAUUCGGAAAAAACAAUGUGAUCCUGUCUGACAUCCGGAAACCUCCCAGCCAUAUCUACCAUAGCGGUCCAUUCAUCUUCUCAGACAUCCUGGACUCCAAGAACCUGAGGGAGCUCAUAGUCAACAACAACAUCAGCUGGCUGGUUCACUAUUCAGCUGUGUUGUCGGCCGUGGGAGAGAACAACGUCGCCCUGGCUAAAGAGGUCAACAUCACGGGUCUCCAUAACAUAUUAGACAUAGCAACCGAACAUGGUCUGCGUGUGUUUGUCCCCAGCACAAUCGGUGCCUUUGGUCCGUCCUCCCCCAGAGACCCCACCCCUGAUCUGUGUGUGCAGAGACCACGCACCAUCUACGGUGUGUCCAAGGUCCACGCAGAGCUGAUGGGUGAGUACUACCACCACAGGUAUGGGCUGGAUUUCCGCUGCCUCAGGUACCCAGGCAUCAUCUCUGCUGACUCCCAGCCUGGAGGAGGAACUACAGACUAUGCCGUCCAGAUCUUCCAUGCAGCCGUGAAAAGCGGUCACUUCGAGUGCAACCUACGCAGCGACACACGGCUUCCUAUGAUGUACAUUGAUGACUGUGUCAGGGCUACUCUGGAGUUAAUGGAGGCUCCAGCGGACGCACUUGUCAGCCGCACCUACAAUAUCAGCGCCAUGAGCUUCACACCGCAGGACCUGACCCAGGAGAUCCAGAAAGUCCUGCCUGACCUCAGGGUGACCUACAACGUGGAUCCUGUCCGGCAGGCUAUAGCGGAGGGCUGGCCAAUGGUGUUGGAGGACAGCACAGCGAGGCGGGACUGGGGCUGGAAGCAUGAGUACGACCUCCCAGAGCUGGUGCAGACGAUGCUGACUCACAUCAAUCUGGGCAACCAGGUGGCACAAGCCUACUGAGCCUUUUCAAGCAUUUUAGUAGCAACUCCAUACGAAGCUUUACUUGAAAGUGAAUGUGACGUAGAGACGAGAGCCUUAUUAUGUCUGAUCACAUGAAAUCCUACAUGAAUACCAAAGGGUUGAUUUGACAAUAUAAUGGAGACAUAAACUUCAAUAUCUGAGGCAGAAGCAUUCCAGAUCACUCUAUAUCGCAUAUUUGAUUCGUUUUGCGGCUUUUUUCUCACCACCCUCCCCCUCUUUAUUCUCCAGCUUUUGUGCUUAACGUGCUGCAGUCACUACAGCAGCUGAAUGAACAUGAAGAGUUCUCUCUCUCUGAAUGUAUUAUAUGUAUGUAUUAUCAUCAUAUUGUGUGUGUAAGUGUGUUACCAGCCUGCAGUAUGCCUUAAGUGGGACUUCUGCCGUCCUCCAAACCAGUGGGUUUUUCUAAAAGCUGCACUCUAAAUGAAUAUGUACUGUAGUCAUAACCACUGACAGGCUUUACCUCUGCUACUGUUACUGCACAAACUGGUACCUUAGAAAGCAGCACUACAGGGAUAGUUGAUAGGUGCUUAGCUGCUGCUUCAGUUUUCUUAUGGGACUUUUCAGAAAAGGAAAGCAAGUAGGGCUGAUUGACGUUUGCACUGGAGUGUUUAGUUGUUAUUUUUAAUAUUUAAAUUGUAUGUAUUUUCCAUUUAGGAGCUGCAGUCUCGGUGCUAAAUAUUUCUGAAUGAUGAAUCAGUUCAUGUAUUAGCAGUUUUCUGACUGAUUUAGAAGGAUGUCUUCUGUUUCGCAGCUGUGUAGAAUGAAUUAAAGGGAUAUUGUUUUUUUAAUAUUUGUUAUUUAUAAUGUAGCUUUUUCUUUCGAAUCAAGAGGAUGACUUUUUCAAGAAAAAUAAAUCCUUGUAUGAAA